UCAGUUUCGGCGGGCUGCCGCCCACCACACCAGAAAUCCACCCCCCCCGGAAAAUCCCCAAAUCUACGCCAACUGCCGGCGAGGAGCAAGGCGGCGGCGGCGAUGGCGGGGACGAUCUCCCGCAUCCGGCUGGAGAACUUCAUGUGCCACUCCAGCCUCGACAUCGAGCUCGGCCAGCACGUCAACUUCAUCACCGGCCAGAACGGCAGCGGGAAGAGCGCGAUCUUGACGGCUCUCUGCAUCGCCUUCGGCUGCCGCGCCAAGAACACGCAGCGGGCGGCAACAUUGAAAGAUUUCAUCAAGACUGGUUGCAGCGAUGCAGCAAUUGCUGUUGACAUCAACAACCAAGGGGAAGACGCGUUCAAGCCUGACAUAUAUGGAAACUUAAUUAAAUUGGAGCGCAGGAUUACCAAGUCAUCUAGUUCAACUAUCUUAAAAGAUCAACAUGGGAGGAAGGUGGCACAUCGCAAAGAUGAUCUUAAUGAGAUAGUCGAACAUUUUAAUAUUGAUGUUGAAAAUCCUUGUGUAAUUAUGAGUCAAGACAAAAGUAGAGAAUUUCUGCACUCAGGAAAUGACAAGGAUAAGUUUAAGUUCUUCUUCAAGGCUACUCUUCUUCAACGACUCAAAGAGUUGCUUGAGACAAUAAGAGAUCAGGUGCACAAGGCAGACUCUGAUGUUCAAGAACUGGAGAAGUCAAUUAAGCCAGUGAUGAGAGAACUUGAUGAAUUACGAGAGAAGAUAAAGAAUAUGGAACACAUAGAAGAGAUAGCACAUGAUAUUGAUAAUUUGAAGAAAAAGUUAGCCUGGUCAUGGGUUUAUGAAGUUGACCAGCAAAUUGAGGAACAAACAGUGAAACUCCAGAAACUCAAAGGGCGAGCUCCUGCGUGCCAAGAAAGAAUUGACCGAAAUACAGUUGUUAUUGAUAAACUGAAGAAAGAACUAAUUGAAAAGGAAGAAAAUCUCAGAUCUUUGGUGGGUAAGACUCGUGAAGAGAACAACAUGAAGAAAAGUAUGGAAAAUAACAUUGCUGAGGCUGUGAAGCGGGAGAUAGAACUAGAGGCGGAGCAUGAGCGUGGUGCACACAUGCUGCAGAGAAAGAAUGGCCGCCUGAAUCAAUUGCAGGCACAACUUCGUGAUUUCCAAAUGCAGCAUAUGCAAUCUACUCAAGCUGAGGCAUCUCAAAUGGAGAAAGAUAUGCAGAACAUACAACAACAGAUUGAUCAUCUUCAUUCAAAUGUUACAAGGUUAAGAGAGGAUGAAAAUGAAUUCACAGCAGAAUUAUCAGGCAUCGUAAAAUCUAUCAAUGACAUAUCAAAAGAGAUAGCUGAAAAUGAUAGAAGGACAAAACAAAUAAAAUCCGACAUUGCAGACCUUCAACGACAGCAAAGUAAUACGGUAACGGCAUUUGGGGGACAAAGAGUUCUGAAACUCUUGGAAUCAAUAGAGACAAACCACAAAAAAUUCGAAAGCCCACCUAUUGGUCCAAUAGGGGCUCAUCUGCAACUUGCUAGUGAGUCCUGGUCUGUGGCAGUUGAUAGCGCAUGUGGGGGGCUUCUGGAUGCAUUUAUUGUCACGUGUUGUAAGGAUUUACAUGUUUUGCGAGAAUGUGCAAGUAAAGUGAAUUUCAAUAACCUUCGAAUUAUUGUGUAUGAUUUUACUAGGCCACGAUUGAUCAUUCCUGAUGGUUCACUUCCUACAACAGAGCACCCUACAGUACUAUCAGUUAUUCAGUCAGAAAAUCACACUGUGCUGAAUGUAUUGGUGGAUCAGGGUCAUGCUGAAAGGCAGGUCCUGGUUAAAGAUUAUGAAGUCGGAAAAUCUCUUGCAUUUGAUGAUAGGAUGCGGAAUAUAAAGGAAGUGUAUACUUCUGAUGGGGACAAAAUAUUUUCUAGACGUGCUGUUCAGACUUUUUAUCCUCCUACAAGCAAAAAAGGAAGACCUAAUCGUUUGUGCAGUUCACUGGGAGAGAAAAUUGCUGAACUUAAGAAUGAAGCAGAAGGUAUUCAAAGAACAAUCGUGGAAAAAAAUGGUCAGAAAAGCAAGUUAGUUAAAGAUCAAUGUGACCUUGAACAGAAAAUAGCAGAUUCGAAGAGAAAACGAGAACCUGAGGAGCAUCGUUUAGAGAAAAAAAUACUGGAACUUGAUGACGCCAAGAGAGCUUUUGCUGAAAUUAAUAGAUAUGCUGCUGUGGAUAACAGUGAACUAGAGGAGGACAUAAAGAAAGAGAAGAAUAUCAUUGUGGAGAGCGAACAAUUACUUCAGAAGAUUAAAGUGAAGUUAGCAGCGGCUUCACGAGAAGUGAACGAUAGAAGAGAAGCUUACAAGACCUUUAUGGAUUCUGUGAAUGAGACGGGGCAUCGUGCUAGCGCAAAUGAUGAAUUAGAACUUAUUAAGCGUAAACUAGAUGCAGCUGAGCAGGAGAAGGCUCACUAUGAAGGUCUCAUGACAACCAAAGUUUUACCUGCUAUUAAAAUGGCUGAAGCAGAGUAUGCAGAUCUUCAGCAGCUUCGACAGGAUAACUUCAAGAAGGCUUCGACUAUUUGCCCUGAGAGCGAUAUGGAAGCUCUGAAUAAUGUUGCUGGAUCCACUCCCGAACAAUUAAGUGCCACGUUAAAUAGACUGAAACAGAGAUUUGAUCAAGAAAGCAGAAGACAUGCUGAGUCCAUAGACGAUCUGAGGGCAUUGCAUGACAAAAAGGAGCAGAAAAUUAAGCAACAGCUGUAUGCAAGUUUUAGGCUGAACAUUAAUUCGUGUGAAAAAUUAUUGGACUUGCGGUGGAAGAAGUUCCAGAGAAAUGCUGGCCUUUUGAAGAGACAAUUGACAUGGCUGUUCAAUGAGCACCUGGGAAAGAAAGGUAUCAGUGGAUUCACCAACGUAGAUUACCAGAAUAAAGUUUUAUCUAUUGAGCUAACGAUGCCUCAAGAUGCAUCUCAUGAUACCAUCAGAGACACUAGAGGACUGUCAGGGGGAGAGCGAUCUUUUUCGACACUUUGCUUCGCUUUAGCUCUUCAUGGGAUGACGGAAGCACCUUUUAGGGCCAUGGAUGAGUUUGAUGUAUUCAUGGAUGCGGUGAGCCGCAAAAUAAGCUUGGAUACCCUUGUAGAUUUUGCUGUUGCACACGGGUCACAAUGGAUAUUUAUAACGCCGCAUGAUAUCAGCAUGGUGAAGCCUGGAGAUCGGGUCAAGAAGCAGCAACUGGCCGCCCCUCGUGGUUGACUAAGGACUCUGUCUGUCAUUGUGCUCAGUAGUGUAUAUGUCUCCUUAGCCUUAGGAUCCACCUUCGACAGACCUGUCGGGAACUGCUUGCUUCGUAAUUAAGUUAGUGGUGUUGGUUGAUUAGGUAGCAUCAGGAGCAAAAGAAUUACAGAUGACGAGGACGAACAAGAGUUGCCAUAUCUGCCAGAUAGUGUGUACGUUCAUAAGAACAGAACAGUUAGUUUAACUUGUCUGAUGUAAACGCCUGGACUUUGGAGAAACAACUCUACAAUGUAUAACACUGUAUCAGGCAUGUAAAAAGAGGUGCUACAUUCUGGGACCAGCUCUCUGCAGAUAUGUAAGCUUAGUUGCCUGUCA